AUGCUUUCCAUUCAGCAAAGAUAUAAUAUCUGUCUAAUGGCAGAGAGGCACCCCAAGUGGACGCAACUCGAAUUGGCAAAAUGGGCAUAUGAGACGUUCCAGUUACCAAAAAUUCCUUCUCAAGGUACCAUAUCGCGUCUAUUGGCUAGGAAGUCUACGUACAUGAAUUGUAAAGAGCACGAGAAAGAUGCGAAUAGGUUAAGAAAGCCUAAUAAUCUUUUAGUUAGGAAAAUAUUGCAAGAAUGGAUCUCUCAAAGUUUGUGGAAUGGUAUCCCUAUUACCUCGCCCAUUAUUCAAGACACUGCACAAGCUGUCUGGCACAGAAUUCCUGCGGAACAUCGAGAAGGAAAUGGUUCCUUUAGUUAUAAAUGGAUAUCGAAUUUCUUAUCAAAAAUGGAUGUCAAUAUUUCUGUUUUAGACGAGGAGUUACCGAAGACUCCCAAAGUUUGGACAUUUGAAGAAAGAGAUGUGUUGAAGGCUUAUUUUGCGAAAAUCCCACCAAAGGAUCUAUUUACUUUAGAUGAAGCGUUUCUCUCCUAUAACCUACCAUUGGAUUAUGCUCAAUACGAAGCCAGCAGUAUUCAAAGGCGUAUAGAAGUGGCAACUGUAAUGCUGUGUUCCAAUCUUGAUGGCUCUGAAAAGUUGAAACCUGUUGUUGUAGGGAAGUAUGAUAGUUAUAAAUCAUUCAGGAAUUACUUUCCCAACGAACCGAAAGACCCUGUCUCACAAUCGAUGCUCGGUACUAAAAUGGCUAAGAAGUUUGAUAUUUCUUAUCAUAGUAAUAGGAAAGCAUGGCUAACGAGCAAUCUCUUUCAUAACUGGUUAGUUAGAUGGGAUAAGAGGUUGGUUGCUGUGAAUAGAAAGAUUUGGAUUGUAUUGGAUGAUUCAUGUUGUCAUAGGAUCAUCAAUCUACGUCUUCAAAAUAUAAAACUUGUGUACACCUCCUCCAACUCAAAAUUCCUGCCAUUUAACUGGGGUGUUUGGGACGAAUUCAAAACAAGGUACAGGAUUCAACAAUAUCAGGCACUCAUUGAUUUGCAGAAUAGAAUUUACAAAAAUACUUCAAGUAAAAAUAAAAGAGAGCAGAACGACUGCUUACCAAAUGGCAAAAAAUGUCUGAUCAGCUUUGAACAAAGUCAAUUGACAAUGUCAAAUGCAUUUAAGUUUAUUAAGAAAGCGUGGGACGAUAUACCCGUCGACGCCAUAAAAGCUAAUUGGAAAAGCUCUGGUCUUUUACCUCCUGAAAUGAUUCAUCUAAAUGAGAAUGUCAGUAUGGCAUUCAAAAAAAAUGAGGUUUUAGAAAGUGUAUUAAAUAGACUGUGUGAUGAAUAUUAUUGUGUCAAAAAAUGGGAAUAUGAAAUGUUGUUAGAUUUGAACAUAGAAAACAAAAAUACAAAUUUCUUGAGCACUGAAGAAUUAGUUGAAAGUGCUAUCGUGGAGCCUUGCGAGCCUGAUUUUGAUGCAGUGUCGAAAGUUAGUGAAGUUCAUGAUGAUAAUUUUGAUUUAUCGGUCUUUGCCAAUGAAGAGGAUAACAAUCAAAACCAUCCAAUUAUGUCACACUCUAGCCACAAUCACAAUCACAAUCAUAAUAGUGAUCACAGUAAUGAAAAUACUAAUAACAAUGGCAGCAGUAAUGAUAAUAAUAAUGUUAGUGCAAAGUAUUUGCAACAAAAUACAAUUAACAAUAGUAGUAAAACUGGUAGCUCUGGACAGCCGAAUAUUUCUAGCAUGGAGGCACAAAGGAAUCCUUCAACGACAGAUUUAGUUGUUGACGGGAGUUACGAUGUCAAUUUCAAUGGUCUUUUGAAUGACCCGUACAAUGCAAUGAGACAACCAGGUCCACUAGAUUAUAAUGUCAGUACAUUAAUUGAUAAACCGAAUUUAUUUUUAAGUCCAGAGUUAGAUUUAUCUACUGUUGGCGUCGAUAUGCAACUACCAUCCUCUGAAUAUUUUAGCGAUGUAUUUUCCUCAACCAUUCGAAAUAACGAUAAAGCUACCUCAGAUCAGAAUAAAUCAGCAGAUGACCCUCCUUCAAGCACUGCUAUGACAAACUCAAAUUCAAUAACAACGGCGCUUUUAGAAUCAAGGAAUCAAUCGCACACUUUCAAUGUUCCACAUAUGAGUGGGUUAUUGAGCGACACCUCAAAGGGUGGACAUUCUGUAGCCUCCUCGAACGUAGUGUCUCAAAAUUCAUUAAACAGUUUUCAACAUAAUUCUUCAUCUGUUCCCGAGGCUUCCUCUCCUUCAAUCACACCCUCUCCUGUGGCAAUAAACUCUGUAGGCGCAUCAGCUAGAUCUAUUGUGUCUGCGCAGAUGGGCUCAACUUCUUCUGCGUCAUCGCCAUCUGGUUUGGAACAUCUUGAACGUGCCGUUUCUGCUAUGUCACCCUCUUCCACUACAAUAUUAAGUAACUUGCAAACAAAUGUAAACAUUGCCAAAUCUCUGAGCACCAUCAUGAAGCAUGCUGAAUCAAACCAAAUAUCACUGACAAAGGAAACAAUAAAUGAGCUCAACUUUAAUUAUGUGACGCUUUUAAAACGAAUUAAGAAAACCAAGAAACAACUUAAUAGUAAGAGCAUUAAAAUAAACAACAGCAAGAAUGCACAAGACCAUUUAGAAACCCUUCUAUCUGGGGCCGCAGCUGCCGCUGCAACUUCAGCUAAUAAUUUAGAUCUUCCGACCGGUGGCUCAACCCUUCCAGACUCUAAUAACUUACAUUUGCCUGAUAAUUCAGGUUUUUUUUAA